AAUCAGCGCUUGCUCUGUUGAGUGCGGACUGGCAUCGAGUGUCUGCCUGCUUGGACGUAUCGAGCGGCUGUUUAUCUCAACAAAGACAUCGUUUCUGUAGUGUUGAAACCUUUGUAACACCGCUGGAAUUACGCUGUUGUCAACAGUAAAAAUAAAAAGGAAGAGGGGGCCACACUUCUCGGCUGGAGGACAAAUGGUGCCCGAAAGUAUCGCCUGUUGUCGGAUGUUGUAGCAGCUCUAUAUGAUGACGUUAGUGGCAUGAAACCGGAUCAAACCCAUCUCUCUUUCAUCAUUCCCUCCUCCAUCUCCUUUCCUCACUCUUCAGGAAGGAAGUGCCUCAUCAGUGUCGUCGCAUUUAUGAGAAAUGGGCCAGAAGAUUUCUGGCAGCAUUAAGUCGGUGGACGGUCGUGGAGAAAGUGGCGCCUCCCCGUCAUACCGACCCACCGCUCAUCGUCGGCAGCAUCUAGAGCUUAGGGGCCCAGACUUCUCCAGGCCUCCCAGAUUAGACCUUUUACUGGACAUGCCAUGUGCGGGAUUAGAGACCCAGCUUCGUCACGCUUGGAACCCCGACGACCGCUCGCUCAAUAUUUUCAUCAAAGACGAUGAUAAGCUGACUUUUCACCGGCACCCUGUAGCUCAGAGCACGGACUGCAUCAGAGGGCGCGUGGGAUACACGCGAGGUCUCCAUGUGUGGAAAAUUCACUGGCCUGCCCGGCAGAGGGGGACCCACGCCGUGGUCGGGGUGGCGACGGCUGAAGCUCCUUUACAUUCUGUCGGGUACACGGCGUUGGUGGGUGCAGACUCUGAGUCGUGGGGCUGGGAUCUGGGCCGGAACAGGCUGUACCAUGACAGUAAAAACCGGGCCCACAGCUCCCUGCCCUCAUACCCGUGUUUCCUGGAGCCAGAGGAAACGUUCAUCCUACCGGACUCCCUGCUAGUGAUUCUGGACAUGGAUGAAGGAACACUAAGCUUCAUGGUGGAUGGACAGUAUCUAGGAGUGGCAUUUCGAGGCCUAAAAGGAAAGAAGCUUUAUCCCAUUGUUAGUGCGGUGUGGGGGCAUUGCGAGAUAUCCAUGAGGUACAUCAACGGCUUGGAUCCCGAGCCUCUGCCUCUGAUGGAUCUCUGUCGGCGUGCCGCCCGCCUAGCGUUAGGUCGUGACCGACUUCAGGAGAUCGAGAGACUUCCUCUUCCUCAGUCGCUCAAAAAUUACCUCCAGUACCAGUGACUGACACCAGCAGAGCCAACCGGGACUAAAAGGACACAACAGAGGAGCUGGCAGGGAGCCUUCAGAUGGACGACGCCUGGAUGACUUUAAGGAGGCGCAGACGUCCACACUGGGAGCUCCGUGGCUCACAUGACUCUCCACGAGGAGGGACACGAAGCUGGUAGACGAUCUGAGGGAAGUUCAGGUUUCCAGCUGAACAGAACCGCCUUCUCUUUGAUUUAAGCUGCUUUUCCAUUUGUUUUAGAUUUAUGAGUAAAUUAUUGAUGACUGUCCCAUCAGUGUCUCGCCGUCCAGGAUGAAAGCCCAUCUCCUGAUGCCACUUUGUGGUUAAGUAGUGAAGGCCGAGGCGAUGAUGAGCAAACACUGCCACCUGGUGGUGAGAAGCAGAGCAGGAGGAAGCACACUAAUCCCAUCCACAGAGGCCUUUCUGACACGCAGUCAGGGACUGUUGCUGCUGCAGGUGUCUGUUCGGAAUGAGGGCGGAGUCCGGGAGGAUUUCAGCACUGAUGCUUUAUGUGGUCGAGCCUGAGCCCGCCCACCAGCUCACACAGCACGCAGAACAGAUUGAGACUACCGGUCUGUCAUGUGGAGUUAAACAUCAGUUUGGAAACAUUUCUGCUGGUUUUAUGCAAACAUCUGUUGAGAGCUAAGACCCUUUUAGACAUAAACGCCUGAUCUGGUGGCUUUUUCAACAUAAUCCGUUUGAUUAUGAUACAUGGUGCUUUAUUCAGCUUAUGAUAUGAAUGAAGCACCAUUUUUUUCAGUCUUAAAUUAUCAUCGCUGUCAGUUUUUUUUUUUGUCAGCGUUUUAGUGUUUUCUUGCAUUUUGUGCAUCUAACUUCAGAGUUUCAGACAGUGUUGCCAGAUAGAGUCAGUUUUUCAGCCCAAAAGUCAUCUAAAAACCUCCACAUUCUACAAAAAAAGAAAAAAAAGCCUAAAAAAGCUAAUUGCCGUUAAUUUAACAUCUGGUAUUUAUUACUUCCCAUUUUGAUUAAAAUCCCAACUUUAAGACAUUUCUUUCUACUGAUUUCACAUCCACCAUUUGACUCCUAUUAAAGUUUAUUAACAAUUACAGGAAAUCAAAUGUGAGCUGACGUACACCCCGUCCCCCUUUUACUUCAAAUGUCAAGAACAAUAAAUUUUUUUAAGUAAAUGGGGAAAAAGACAAUAAUAAUCAUAAAAUAUUUCGGGGUUCUUAUAACUUAUCAUGAUCAAAAGUGGAAAGAGUUUUUGCAUUUUUACUUUUCAUGAAUUUGAGUGGGGUAAAAUACAAGCAAAUCUACAAGUAUAACAUUGUAAAGAGUGGUUUGAUUUUUAAAAAUCUGUUCUUUAAAUGAGAAAACAUUAAAAAUUAAAGCAAAUAGCUAAUCAUCUGAGAUUACUCCAAAAACGUUUAGGUAUUUUCUGAAUUUUUAUGUGACACAAACAGUAAAAAUCCCCCCCAAAACUUUCAAAAACAAAUGAUCUAUUUUUUUAUUAAUAUCAGAAAAAUCACAUCUGUUUUAUUCUUGCAUCUUUUCAUACUGACUUUAUGUCAGAUUUAAACACUAAAUUGACAAAGCUGAAAUACAUUAGGCUACCUAUUCAAUGAAAAGUGAGGACAUGUAAUAAAAAUGUCAAGAAUGUGUUUAAAAUAAUAAUAACGGAUUACAUUAUUAUCAUAACUUUACAUAGGAGGUCGUAGGAUUAAAACCAUACAUAUAAAUUGGAUUUUUACAUCAGAUUAAUGGACACAUUUAUUCUAAUAUUUGUUGCUCUUGCUGGUGAGGACGAUGACAGGUGCCUCACGUGCCUUCCUGAUUAAUGAGGAACUACAAACCAUUAGCUACAUAAUAUAUAUCCACCCACUCAAUGCAAGUUUUGCCCGCAAAGUUAGAAUCAAAACUGCCCAAUCUGGCAACACUGGUUGUAGAGGCUUUGAUGGAAAUGAGGCAUAUUAAAUUGAGUUUUUUAUACUUAGCACCAAAUUAAAACAAGACCAAUUUCAUGACCUACAGUCAAAACACCAGACCGUAAUGAUGCUAAAGUAGAGAAGACGAGCACACUGUAACAAAAUGCUGCAAGCUGUGAUCCACUAGGAUCUCCGUCCUGACCUUUCCAUGAAGAGCCACGCGUCCGACGUGGUUUUCUCAGAGGACCAAACCUGUUUGCUGACUUACUGCUUUAAGGAUCCCAUCCUGGAGCGACACUAAAUGACCCGCGAUGCAGAAAAUUCCCAGCCGAAGUUUCUCAAUCGAUUGUCCCGCUGUCUGGCUGGUGCGGUCGGCCCAGACGGACACCUGCUGUUGUUUGUAGCCCCCCCGCUGUAGCUCACUGGUAGCAGUCGGUGUGUGUCUGCUGUCUAUUGACCACAAACCCUCAGAAAGCAGAGUGAUCCGUGCGCAGGACACACAGCACAGCCGGUGGAAGGAAUACAUACAAUCAAUGCACAACCACAUGUGUGAGCUCACACACCCUAAAGACCAAUCUAGUUUUAUUUCCUUAAAUGGCUUGAGUCACUUUUUUAUCUUCUGUUUAUAUCCUUCAUUAUUUUAACUAUUAUUAUUAUAAUUAUUGUGAGAGUGAGGUUUGAAUCUGAUGACGAUAGGAUGACAACAAUCUUUAUUUAUCACAAGCUAGUUGCGUGUUUGUUGAACUGACCUGUGACGGUCACAUUCAGGUAAAUUUAAUGCAAAGAUGCUGGCGAUGAAGGGAAAGAGAAAUCAACUUGUUUCUUCAAUGCUGCUUUAUGUCAUUGUUUUUUUGUUUGUUUGUUUUUCUUUUUUGUUGCGGACAGCGAAGGUCUUACCUCCUGUUUUUAUCAGUUAGGAUGGAGAGCGAGGGACCACUUCAAGAGAGUAGUAGAAUGUACGGACAGUGCAGCUCAGAUGUCAACUGAUGUGAAAUGUGAAUAAAAGCCAAGUGACUUUGAAUGUG